UUACGAUUGAAGACAUGUCUAACCUGUCGUGGUGAUUAGAGCAGAACUCACUCGAACUUUUAUCUAUAGGAGAAAAAAAGUCAGUUUUGGACUUUCUUCCUCUCUCUCUCUCUCCAGAGCCAACAUUUAACUGACAACACCAACUCAGACUUUCAGACGCAGUGGCAUUUCCGUUAUUUCCUUCUUCAUUGGUGCUGUGUAGCUUCUUCAAGGUGCAUGCUCAGCACAGAAUCACACUCUUCACUCAUCAACGAAGCUUAAAGCUCUUCCCUUAUCGGAGAAAUAACCGUCACGCGCCGCCGAACGCGACGGCGGUUUUUGCAGCUUACCUUGUUUUUUCUUCCGAUUCCAUGCGUUUUCCUUGCUCUGACUCCGCCGCAGUUUGCAGCUUCAUCUGACGAUGGGUUGCGUGCUCGGGACGCCGGAUGGUGACGGAGCUCAGGAUCAGCGCCGUCGCCGGAAAAGCCAGAGAAAUGUUGCUUCCGACGGAGGUAAUAAUGCCGUUAGCGUUAGGGUUCGGGAGAAGAAAACGAAUCGGCACACCGGCGAUUUUCCCGGAACUGUUCCGGCGCCGGAGCGCCGGAAGCCUAGAUUAGAUCCGUUAGCGGUGACUCAACAAGGCUGGCCGGCUUGGUUAAUGGCCGUCGCCGGCGAAGCAAUCGGCGACUGGACUCCCCGGCGCGCCAGCUCGUUCGAGAAGCUUGCUAAGAUUGGGCAAGGGACGUAUAGCAAUGUGUACAAGGCGAAAGACCUUCUUACUGGGAAGAUUGUGGCGUUGAAGAAAGUUAGAUUUGAUAAUUUGGAGCCUGAGAGUGUGAAGUUCAUGGCAAGAGAGAUACUUGUUCUUAGGAGGCUUGAUCACCCCAAUGUUGUGAAGCUUGAGGGGUUGGUUACUUCUAGAAUGUCAUGCAGUCUUUACUUGGUGUUUGAGUAUAUGGAACAUGAUCUUGCUGGGCUUGCAGCUGGGCAAGGUGUUAAAUUCACUGAGCCACAGGUCAAAUGCUUUAUGAAGCAAUUACUUUCUGGUCUUGAGCAUUGCCACAGUCGAGGUGUAUUGCACCGUGAUAUCAAGGGUUCUAAUCUGCUUAUUGACAAUGAAGGAGUCCUUAAAAUUGCAGAUUUUGGACUUGCAACUUUCUUUGAUCCUAAGGUGAAGCAGGCCUUGACAAGCAGAGUUGUGACCCUUUGGUAUCGCCCCCCUGAGCUUCUUCUUGGGGCUACAUUUUAUGGUGUCAGUAUUGACCUUUGGAGCGCUGGUUGCAUCUUGGCAGAGCUGCUUGCUGGGAAGCCAAUCAUGCCUGGCCGCACAGAGGUUGAGCAACUGCACAAAAUAUUCAAGUUGUGUGGUUCUCCAUCUGAGGAAUAUUGGAGGAAGUAUAGAUUGCCAAAUGCUACAAUGUUUAAGCCACAACAGCCAUAUAAACGGUGUAUCUCAGAAACAUUCAAGAAUUUUCCUUCAUCUUCACUGCCUUUAAUUGAAUCUCUUUUAGCAAUAGAUCCUGAUAAUCGUGGUACUGCCUCAGCUGCUCUAAACAGUGAAUUCUUCACCACCGAACCCCAUGCUUGUGAACCAUCAAGUUUGCCAAAGUAUCCUCCCAGCAAAGAAUUGGAUGUAAAACUGAGAAAUGAGGAAGCUAGGAGGCAAAAAGCUCUAAAUGGAAAAGCCAAUGCAGUUGAUGGUGCCAAAAGAGUCAGAGCACGUGAGCGCAGUCGAGCCAUUCCGGCCCCUGAGGCCAAUGCAGAGAUCCAAACAAACUUAGAUAGAUGGAGAGUUGUGACCCAUGCAAAUGCUAAAAGCAAGAGUGAGAAAUUUCCACCACCUCAUCAAGAUGGAGCUGUUGGAUAUCCACAGGAUGCAUCAAAUAAAGAACCCGUUUCAUUUGGCGGAUCCGACUCUUCAUUUGGUUCAGGGAUUUUUAAUAUAAAACAAUCUGAACCUGUUAGAAGUCACGAUGCUGCAGGACGUUAUAGAGGGAAGAAAACUAACCAUGAAAACUCCAAGGCUUCAUCAUGGAAAUUUGGGCGUCCAUUUAAGCCAUCAACAGUUGGACUUUCAAUGAAUUUGUUAUUUAAGAGCAAAUAAUCAUUUUAUGACUUGAUACAUCAUUUUGGCGUUUCGCGUUGGUCUUCAUUUAAAUUAUUUUUUUGUUACCGUGUUUCUUCUAUUUUUUGGUAAUUCAGAUGGCAUAAAGUUGUUGCUGUAUAAUGUACAACGGGAAUCCUUACAUUUGUACAUUCUAGAAGAAUUCACUGCUGUACAGUUUCUGGGAGCA